CCAAAGGGAUUGGAAUCUUUGGCGCCUUUGUUUUAGUGGAGGGUAGGUGAUAGACAGAAAAAGUGACCAAUGAGAACGUGGACAGGCGGAUCCAGAGCGUGUGGGCGGGAAGAGGUGAUGACCGGCAGGCUGUUCGUCCAAUGAAAGGUACAGACGCUGAUGUUGGGGACCGGUGCCUGUGUAGAGGCCGGUGUUUGUGGAAGCUGUGUGGGAGAUGGCGGAACCCCUGAGGAGACGUGGUCCGAGGUCCCGCGGUGGCCGAGCCGGCCGAGGCGCUCGGAGAGCCCGACCCGCCCGUGGCCGGUGUCCUCGCGCCCCGCAGUCUUCGACUAGACUCAUUCCAGACACCGUGCUUGUGGACUUGGUCAGUGACAGCGACAGCGACGAAGGGGUCCUGGAAGUCGUCGCGGACCCAAUAGAGGUGCCGGUCGCCCGCCUCCCCGCGCCGGCCGCAGCUGAGCAGGACAGCGACAGUGACAGUGAAGGGGCGGCCGAGGCUGCGGGAGCCCCGCGUACAUUGGUCCGACGGCGGCGGCGGCUGCUGGAUCCCGGAGAGGCGCCUGUGGUUCCAGUGUACUCCGGGAAGGUACAGAGCAGCCUCAACCUCAUUCCAGAUAAUUCAUCCCUCUUGAAACUUUGCCCCUCAGAGCCUGAAGAUGAGGCAGAUCUGACAGAUUCUGGAAGUCCUCCCUCUGAGGAUGCCCUGUCUCUGGGUUCUCCCUGGAAGAAGAAGCUGAGGAAGAAGCAUGAGAAAGAAGAAAAGAAAAUGGAAGAGUUUCUGGACCAGGACAUCUCUCCUUUGCCCCGACCUUCAUCAAGGAACAAAAGCAGAAAGCAUACCGAGGCACUCCAGAAGUUAAGGGAAGUGAACAAGCGUCUCCAACAUCUCCGGUCCUGCUUGAGCCCCAAGCAGCACCAGAGUCCAGCCAUUCAGAACAUGGAUGAUGAGGUGGUCCUAGUGGAAGGGCCUGUCAUGUCACAGAGCCCUCGACUCAUUACACUCAAGAUCCGGUGCCGGGCUGACCUAGUCAGAUUGCCUGUCAGGACGUCGGAACCCCUUCAGAAUGUGGUGGAUCACAUGGCCAAUCAUCUUGGGGUGUCUCCAGACAGGAUUCUUUUGCUCUUUGGAGAGACAGAACUGUCCCCUAGUGCCACCCUUAGGACCCUAAAGCUUGGAGUAGCUGACAUCAUUGAUUGUGUGGUGCUAGCAAGCUCUUCAGAGGCCACAGAGACAUCCCAGGAGCUCCGGCUCCGGGUGCAGGGGAAGGAGAAACACCAGAUGUUGGAGAUCUCACUGUCUCCUGAUUCUCCUCUUAAGGUCCUCAUGUCACACUAUGAGGAAGUCAUGGGACUCUCUGGACGCAAGCUCUCCUUCUUCUUUGACGGGACAAAGCUUUCAGGCAAGGAGCUGCCGGCUGAUCUGGGCCUGGAAUCUGGAGAUCUCAUCGAAGUCUGGGGCUGAAGCUCCCUCACCAUGUUCAGACGCAAAGCCAAGACAUGGGGACACUAGCUCCCAAUUUUAUUAUUAUGACUUUUUGCCCCUUAAGGGCUAACAGAAACUGAAUUAGAA